AAAAUGACAUUGCCCCGCCAGUGGCGCUAGUGCUGUAUAAUUCAUCUGGUUGUCAAAUUUUGAAUACCAAAAAUUGUAAUUUCUUAAUUUAUGAAACAAACUGAACAAGGUUAUGUUUCGUCGGUCUCCAAUAUCUGCUUAAAACGUCGUUAACUUUGUUAAUGUUCUAAAUUAUUCGUGAAUAUGUCGCCAACGAGUAGUGAAAACAGUGCAGCUAACGAAGAAACGACUAAGAGCCAAGUAGACCUCGAUACAGACAAGUGGUUUAUAAGAGACUGUGAAAUCUACAAGGAUGAGUACAAAGAGUGCACAAGUUUCCGUGGUCGUUUCCACCAGUACUUCAUUUUUGGCGAGACCCUUAACUGCAACCAAUGGAAGAAGGACUAUGAUAACUGCUGCAAGUGGGAAUCUGACAAGGAUGAGAAGGCAGCAGCAGCACUGAUAGAGAGUGAAAAGGCGCGUCGCAUGGAAAGACUAAAAGCUCACUACAGAAAUGACAUUUGGAAGAAGCGAGAUGGCCCACCUGAUGACUGGGCUAAACCUCUACCGGAGUGGAUGCAGAAGCGACAAGAGAACACAUUCCUGGACCAUAAGGCUAAGGAAUAUAGAGAAGGCACUCUAGGAGAGACUCCUGGCGGAUGGGGGUGUUCAAUCAUGUGAUAUAUGUACAAAUUAGUAUUAAUAUUUAUUAAAUACAUAGGUUUUUGAGUUUAA